CGAGCGGGCAGCAGCGACGGCGGCGCAAGAUCUAGGUCGGCGGGCGCGCGCCGGAGAGGGGAGGCGGGCGUCGGCGAGAAAGGAGGUCCGGGGCUCGACGCUCAACAAAGAGCGGGGCCGCCCCCUUCAGGCGGAGCUGCGGGCAGAGGCUCCAUGUUGGGAAGCGGCGCUACUCGUCCUCUUUAGAGGGAAUUGGGGCGCCGCGGGCAGAGCCGACGGGGGCCCGGCCCUGAGCGAAGAUGGAGGCCCCGCUGCGGCCCGUCGCGGACAUCCUGAGGCGGAACCCGCAGCAGGACUACGAGCUCGUCCAGAGGGUCGGCAGCGGCACCUACGGGGACGUCUAUAAGGCCAGAAAUGUACAUACAGGAGAGUUGGCUGCGGUAAAAAUUAUCAAAUUGGAGCCUGGAGAUGAUUUUUCUUUGAUUCAACAAGAAAUAUUUAUGGUUAAAGAAUGUAAACAUUGCAACAUUGUUGCCUACUUUGGGAGCUAUCUCAGUCGGGAGAAACUGUGGAUUUGUAUGGAAUACUGUGGUGGUGGAUCACUUCAGGAUAUUUACCAUGUUACUGGACCAUUAUCAGAAUUGCAAAUUGCCUAUGUAUGCAGAGAAACUUUACAGGGUCUUGCCUAUUUACACACUAAAGGCAAAAUGCAUAGAGAUAUCAAAGGUGCAAAUAUUUUAUUGACAGACCAUGGUGAUGUAAAAUUAGCUGACUUUGGUGUGGCUGCAAAAAUAACAGCAACCAUUGCAAAGAGAAAAUCUUUCAUUGGUACCCCUUAUUGGAUGGCCCCAGAAGUUGCAGCGGUGGAAAAGAAUGGUGGCUACAACCAGCUCUGUGAUAUCUGGGCGGUAGGAAUAACAGCAAUUGAACUUGGAGAACUUCAGCCACCUAUGUUUGAUCUUCAUCCAAUGAGGGCCCUCUUCUUAAUGUCAAAAAGUAAUUUUCAGCCUCCAAAACUAAAGGACAAAACAAAAUGGUCAUCAACAUUCCAUAAUUUUGUCAAAAUAGCACUAACCAAAAACCCCAAAAAAAGACCAACUGCUGAAAGACUUCUGACUCAUACUUUUGUUGGGCAGCCUGGUCUUUCUAGGGCCCUAGCGGUUGAACUGUUGGACAAAGUGAACAAUCCAGACAACCAUGCACAUUACACUGAAGGAGAUGAUGAUGACUUUGAGCCCCAUGCAAUCAUUCGUCAUACCAUUAGAUCUACAAACAGGAAUACCAGAGCUGAACGGACAGCUUCAGAAAUAAAUUUUGAUAAAUUACAGUUUGAGCCUCCUCUGAGAAAAGAAACAGAAGCACGGGAUGAAGUGGGAGUGUCAUCAGGCCCAAACUUUGUAUUUCAGUGGAAUCCUUUUGUUGAUGGUGCAAAUACUGGCAAAUCAACCUCAGAACAUGCAAUACCACCUCCCCUACCUCCUAAGCCAAGGAUAAACAGUUACCCUGAAGAUAACCUCCCAGAUGAAGAAAAAUCAUCAACCAUAAAAUGUUGCCCUGAUUCAGAGAGCAGAGCUCCCCAGCUUCUCAGAAGACAGAGUAGCCCAAGUUGUGGUCCUGCAGUAGAGACUUCCUCGAUUGGUAUGGCUAGCAGUAUCAGCAGUCUUGGAGUGCAUACAGCUAGAUACUGUGACCUUGGAAAUGGUGAUGGUAUUUCAAAACUAAUGAGUGAAAAUACAGAAGGAUCAGCACAAGCACCACAGUUACCACGAAAAAAGGACAAGCAAGACUUCCCUAAACCCGUCAUCAAUGGCCUUCCACCCACCCCAAAAGUACUGAUGGGAGCGUGUUUUUCAAAAGUUUUUGAUGGCUGCCCUUUGAAAAUUAAUUGUGCAACAUCCUGGAUACAUCCGGAUACAAAAGAUCAGUACAUUAUUUUUGGAACUGAAGAUGGUAUUUAUACAUUGAAUCUCAAUGAGCUACAUGAGGCAACAAUGGAACAGUUAUUUCCUCGGAAGUGUACUUGGCUGUACGUUAUCAAUAAUACUUUAAUGUCAUUAUCAGGAAAAACCUUUCAACUCUACUCUCAUAAUCUUAUAGCUUUGUUUGAACAAGCCAAAAAACCAGGAUUAGCUGCCCAUAUUCAAACUCACAGGUUUCCAGACCGCAUACUACCAAGAAAGUUUGCUUUAACAACCAAGAUUCCAGAUACAAAAGGCUGUCACAAAUGUUGUAUAGUCAGAAACCCUUACACAGGACAUAAAUACCUCUGUGGAGCUUUACAGUCUGGAAUUGUUUUACUUCAGUGGUAUGAGCCAAUGCAGAAAUUCAUGUUGAUAAAGCACUUUGAUUUUCCUUUGCCAAGUCCUUUGAAUGUUUUUGAAAUGCUGGUGAUACCAGAACAGGAAUAUCCCAUGGUCUGUGUCGCUAUUAGCAAGGGCACAGAAUCAAAUCAGGUAGUUCAGUUUGAGACAAUCAACUUAAACUCUGCGUCUUCAUGGUUUACAGAAAUUGGUACAGGCAGCCAACAGUUAGAUUCCAUUCAUGUAACGCAGUUGGAGAGAGAUACAGUUUUAGUGUGUUUAGACAAAUUUGUAAAAAUUGUAAAUCUGCAAGGAAAGCUAAAAUCAAGUAAGAAACUGGCCUCUGAGCUAAGUUUUGAUUUUCGCAUCGAAUCUGUAGUAUGCCUUCAAGACAGUGUGUUGGCCUUCUGGAAACAUGGGAUGCAGGGUAAAAGCUUCAAGUCAAAUGAGGUUACCCAGGAGAUUUCAGACGAAACAAGAGUUUUCCGCUUAUUAGGAUCAGACAGGGUUGUCGUUUUGGAAAGUAGGCCAACAGAAAAUCCUACUGCACACAGCAAUCUCUACAUCUUGGCUGGACAUGAAAAUAGUUACUAAGCAACAGAAACUGAUCUCAAAUGACAGGAAAAUGAAUAUGUUUCAUAUGAAUGCAAAAUAUUUUAAGGACAUUUAGUACAAACUGAACUAUGGUUUGCUUUAACUGUUGUGGGUUAUCUCAAUGAUCUGUACUUUAGGUAGAAUUCAAUAUUUUCUGUAGCUGGAGACAGCUCUUCUAUCUCUUGCCACUGUGUGGUGGUUAUAUCAAGUUUGCUUAAUAAAAGCUAUGAGACAGAUAGUCUUCUAUUUAGUUCCAGGAUAUAGUCUUUUUUUAAAAAAAAAUGUUUGUAACAAGGGUGCCAUAUUUUUAGAUAACAACUUGUGAUUACUGCAGAGAGAUAAAUUUAGUGAACCGGUAAACCUGACCCAUUGACGUCGAGUUGAUUCCGACUCAUAGCGACCCCAUAGGACAGAGUAGAACUGCCCCAUAGGGUUUCCAAGGAGCAGGCAGUGGAUUUGAACUGCUGACCUCUUGGUUUGCAGCUGAGCUCUUAACCACUACGCCACCAGGGCUCCAAUUUAGUAACAGUUUUCUCAUUUUAUACCAUGUCCUAUUCCUCCUUAAUGAACAUAAUUUGAUUAAAAAAAAAAAAUUAUCAAACAAGCCUUUCAUUUUUACAUUGGCCAUUCCGUAUGUUUUUUUUGUAAAA